CCCUAAAUCAAUGGUGAAUGCAGUUACUGGAGUUCUAAUUGAGUGCGACACUACCGUUAAAGCCAUCAUUAAAAACUUGGACAGCAAGCACCAUUUCAUUGUGGACGACUUGGACGAUACGCACGUUUUCAUUGUCUCGACUUGGGUUGAACGAUUGAAAUCUGAGCUGGAACGUCUUUUAGACGAGAACGCAUACACCAUUUCAGAUCCAAAGGACCCCAAGAACUGAGAUCCCACACAAACAUUACCCAGCUGCUUUCCAACAGACUCAGGAUCAACUUAUCUCGAGCUACAACCUUGAGCAACGACAAUCCUAUUUCACAUUUUUGUACAUAUAAUCCACUUCAACAACCGCAGUAAUACACCAUGAAAAAAUCAUUAAAGUUACCCCCUUGUCCGAUCUGUAAGACGCGCAAGUAUCGCAAGAACGCACAAGGUCACUAUGUUUGUAAAUAUGGGCAUCAGUUAGCGAACUACCAAGAGGAGGAGGGCGAAGAAGGUACCCAUACGGGCGCCGUACGUACGAUCAAUCGAGUCAAACGAAAUACAACAGUGAAGGAAUCGAAAAGAUUGUCGGGUCCCAGAGCCUUGUUUAUCUAUCAUCAAAUGUUCCAGCAAUGUCUGCGCCAGUUAGUACGUGUACUUAUUACAAAGUAUGCUGCGCCUGCUGACCUUGAGACCAUAGUACGAGAACUGUGGCUAUUGUAUGUGUCUCAUUCGGAAGUCCACUUUGAGUAUCGUAAACAGACAGCACCAGUAGCUACCAAGUCAACAGUCCCUGACGAUGAAAUAGAAGCACUUGAAGAAGAAGACAACAACGAUCCGGUUGAGGAAGAUGACUUUGACGAGGCAGAUAUGAUGGCUAUGCCCAGCAUGGAUACCAAUGAAAGCCUCUUGUUUGGCAAUGAUAAAAUUAUCCGCAACCCUAGCUUCAAGAUAUGGCCACAUCUUUCGUAUACUCAACUUUUAAUUUUCUGCUACCUGGGCUGCGUCUGGUUACGAUGGCCUGUCAUGCUUGCGGAUUUGCAGAGAUGGGCUAUUGUGGGAAAGCUUCCAUAUAUUUCUCUGACCAAGAAUUUGCCUUCAGAGAUUCUGGACACUAUUGCGCAACGAAAGCUAACAGCACUCAAGAUUAUUCCGAAUAUGCCUACGUUGUACCUGCAGACUCGACAGUGGAUAGGAUGCUUUGGCAGCAUCUGUAAACUUGAGUUUCCAGACGCCAACUCCGUGCCUCUCCUACAGCGUGGUCUGCGUGAAAUCAUGCUUCCAGUUGAAUCUUACGUUUUGGCUCAAUUCAUCUUUGAUAAACUGAAACUUAGCAAGCAAGUAGUGAUUGCAAGAUCAGACGCAAAGCAACCACGUAACACCAUGAUGGUCACCUCGGCUCCAAUGGAUGUGAAGAUUAUGGCGGUCACUAUGUUCAUUGCCAAAUUAUAUUACAGACUAGAUGAUAGUGACAGGCAUGAACUGCAAGAUAUUGGCAUAUAUGUUCCUCCCAAAGAUAUUUGGUUAAAGGCCCUGCGAGCUAAUGUGUACCGAUGGCAAAGCAAUAUGCUUAACGGUGGCCGAAGGUAUGAUUAUCAUCUGACUGAAGGUGAAAGUGCCUAUCAACGGUGUAGUAAUGCAAAAUCCAACACAGAAUACCAGGAGAGGAUGAAUCUGACGUUCAAAAUUUGCGAGAGGUGGCAGAUAUGUACAAGCAUACUAUACAUGCAGGCUUGACUAAUCGCUCGCAUAAAGAUAGAAUUUUGGUUAAAUUAUUACGCAAGUACACCAAGGAUCUCAAAAGAAGAGAGGCCGAAGAGGAUUCCCACCUACCUGGCCCACUCAAAAAAACAAAAUUUAAUUCAUAUUGGCAGGAAGGGA